AUGGAGCCAUUAUCAGGGAAAUCGUGGCGUCUCAGUGAUGCUCCUUCAGAUCUUGUCGAGCCUAUUGCCAUAAUUGGUACUGCUGCCAGAUUUGCAAAGGAUGCCCUCUCGGUUGAAGAUCUUCGGGACAUUUUGCUAGAAGCCCGUUCUACAUGGUCUCCAAUUCCAAAGGAACGUUUCAACUCCGACGCGUUUUAUCAUCCUGACCCUGAGCAUGGAGGCACGCUCCAUAUCCAGGGUGGGCAUUUCCUCGCCGAAGACCCUGCCCACUUUGAUUCGUCCUUCUUCAACAUUACAAAAAAUGAGGUACUCACGUUGGACCCACAACAGAGGCUGGUGAUGGAAAACGUGUAUCAUGGUCUCGAAAAUGCCGGCGUCCCCUUGGCCCGUGCGAUCGGAUCCAAUACAUCAGUAUUCGUCAGUGGGUUCAAUCAUGAUUAUUUGGGGAUCCUUAACUCAGAUCCGGAGAUGACCGCCAAAUACAAGCCUACUGGUGCCUCGAACUCGGUUAUUUCGAACCGAGUCAGCUGGUUUUUCGAUUUCAAAGGACCCAGCAUGACUAUUGACACGGCUUGUUCGAGUAGUCUGGUUGCUUUGCACCUGGCUGUCCAGAGUCUGCGAUCCCGUGAGACAACCAUGUCUGUUGUGAGUGGCGUGAGCAUACUAGAAAACCCGCUCGAGACCACUGGCUACAGUCACCACGGUCUUCUUGGUGCUCAAGGCCGCUCUUUCAGUUUUGACGCCCGUGCUGAAGGAUAUGCUCGUGGCGAAGGAGUUGGCACUGUCAUCUUGAAACCUUUGGUGGAUGCGAUAAGAGAUGGAGAUAUGAUUCGCGCAGUAAUCCGUGAAACCGGUGUCAACCAAGAUGGUCGUACACCCGGUAUUUCUCUUCCAAGCGGCGAGGCCCAAGAAUCUCUCAUCCGACAGGUCUAUCAGCGAGCUGGUCUAAGUAUGCUAGACACUCGGUUUGUCGAAGCACAUGGGACUGGAACCCGAAUCGGCGAUCCAAUCGAAGCGAAGGCACUUGCAAAGGCAUUUGACUGCCAACGAGAUGGGCCUUUGCACAUCGGAUCCCUCAAAUCAACUCUUGGUCAUACGGAAGGAUGCUCUGGUGUGGCAAGCCUCGUGAAAGCCAUUCUGGUCCUUGAGUCGGGUAUUAUCCCUGCCAACCACGAUCUACAGGAGGUGAAUCCUGAGAUCUUGGCCAAGGAAUGGAAUAUCGACUUCCCUUCGGACAACAUCCCUUGGCCCACCUCUGGUCUGCGCAGAGCUUCGGUCAAUUCAUUCGGGAUCGGAGGAACGAAUGCACACUGUAUCCUUGAUGAUGCUUACCAUUAUCUUUAUGAACGUGGCCUGUCAGGUUCACACAACACGAGCACCGCCAUUCGUCCAUUUAAAUCAUUGCGCCGUCAACUUCUACUUCCUCCCCAAGCUGAUGAGUAUUUUAACUUAUCGGCGACGGGGCCUGAAUCUGACAGCGAUGAUACCGAGGUCGAUUUUAGUGAAACACCCCUCGCCCAGAGCAGUGCAACAACUCCUUUGCUGAAGCCGGUCCAAGUCCGCGGGCCGGAAGUGCUAAUGGAACUACCACAACUCUUCCUACUUACAGCAUUUGACGAGGAUGGUGUUAAGCGCAUUGCAUCUUCGUAUGCUCGCUAUGUCAAGAAGAAGAACGCCCUUGCAGGGCGAAACAGCGACUUACUGAGAGAUCUAUCAUUCACAACUUCGGCACGGCGCUCCAAAUUUCCAUGGAAGAGCUUCAUAAUGGCAUCCGCUGUCAAAGAGCUUGAAUGGAAUUUGUUGGAGGGGAACUUCACAAAGCCAAUUCGGACGGAGGUACCACCAGACGUUUGUUUCGUCUUUUCUGGACAGGGAGCGCAAUAUAGCGCAAUGGGAAAAUCGCUACUCAGAUACCAAGUAUUCAGGCACGCAAUGGAGGAGGCGUCCGAGUAUUUCCACAGCCUUGGAAGCUCCUGGUCACUACUUGUGGAACAUGCGGCAACCGAGUCACGGUCAAGGGUUGACUGUCCUGAGAUCGCACAGCCCCUCUGCACUGCGCUUCAGGUCGCUUUGGUUGAGCUUCUAGCUAGCUGGGAAAUAUUCCCGAAACGAGUGGUAGGUCAUUCAUCAGGCGAGAUUGCAGCGGCCUACUGUGCUGGCAAAAUUUCUCGCGAAGCUGCAUGGAAGAUCGCCUAUCUGCGUGGCAUUCUUUCGGCCAAGCAGCAGUCAGCCAAUGGGGCAAUGAUGGCCGUACGUCUGGAGGAGUCGCAAUUGAACCGCCAUAUGCAAUCUGUCCGGGAAAGACUUCAAGGUGAACUGCGGAUAGCAUGCUCCAACAGCCCUACAAACAACACCGUCUCGGGCUGCGCAGCCCUUAUUGAUGAGUUAAAGGUCAUACUGGAUCAGGAAGGCGUGCUCGCGCGGAAGCUCAAGGUUCAAAAUGCCUAUCACUCAUCGCACAUGGAGAGUAUUGCAGAUGAAUACCUCCAGCUUAUGGGAUGCUUGAGGUUUGGCAGCCACCUCUUCUUGCCGCACCCGGUUCGCAUGUUUUCGACUCUGACGGGAGAAGAGUUAAACGAAGACCCCCCUACCGGGCAAAUACUGGGUGGACAAUCUGAUCUCCCCUGGCCCCACUCGACCCUCCAGAGUGCGAUCAAAGAGACCUUGUCGCCAGAAUUUAGCAAAGGAAAGGUCAAAUACCUAGCCGUUCUGAACCAUUCUGAUCCAACUUUGACCCCUUUACUCAGUUCAAUUGGUUUUCUUGCCAGCAGUGGAUACGGACUCGACAUUCACAAAGUCAAUAUGGCUUCCUCUCACUACCCAAGUUCCCAUGCUAAGCUUUUGGUUGAUCUUCCGGCGUACUCUUUCAAGCACGCAGAAAAGGUGAUUUACGAAAGUCGACUUAGCAAAAAUCUUCGCUUUCGCAAGUUCCCGCGUCAUGACCUCUUCGGCGCUCCUGUCACGGAUUGGGAUGCUAAUGCACCGCGUUGGAGACAGUUUGUGAGACUGGAAGAGAACCCCUGGAUAAGACACUAUGUGAUUGCCGGAAACCAUGUUUACCCAGGUGUCGGCUAUCUCGUGAUGGCUAUUGAAGCUUCGCGGCAGUUGGCUGGGGAGAAGGCCAUAACUGGCUUCCAACUCCGCCAAGUCUCCAUUCGUCGAGCAAUGAUUGUUCCCGACACCAAGCAGGGGAUAGAAGUCUGCAUCUCAAUGACGACCGAAUCCUCUUCUGAGCUCAGAGUUUGGCGCCGAUUCCACAUCAGUUCGUACAACGAGGCAAGUGAGCACUGGACAGUGCACUGUACUGGUCUCAUCUCGAUUGAGGAACGCUCUCCAGACGACCCCUUGAGCAAUCAUCAAGAAACCGAGGCCGAAGCCCGGGAAUGGCGCCACAAAUACAACAGCGUACAAGAGGUGUGCAAUCGUCCGAUAAAUUUCUCGAAUUCGUACGAUGCGCUUCUCAAAUCGGGAUUUGAGUUUGGUCCUCUAUUCCGCAAUCUUCACGAUGUGCGGCUCACAGACUCCCGAUUGGGGCAGAUGACUGGCCUUGUGACCGUUCCUGACAUUGCAGAGGCUAUGCCGAAGCGUUACGCGCAUCCGCACCUAAUUCAUCCCGCCACGAUGGACAGCAUGAUCCACAUGAUGAUCGCAGCCGUAAUGGAUUUCACUGGAAAGCCCUCUCUCGAAAAAAUCAGACUUCCAACAUACAUCCGCGAUAUGUGGGUCUCUGCUGAUUUGAAUCCUGCCCCCGGUCAUAAUUUCGAGGGCUAUGCAUCGGUACAGCCUUCAGCCUCGGAGAAAUUUGAAGGUCAAAUAAGAGUUUUCGAUUCCAGUUCCAAGACUCAUUGUAUUUAUAUGAGUAACAUUGACCUUACGCCGCUCGAUAAGGACAUGGAAAUUUUUCCUGGGCGUCAGGUUUGCAAUACCAUUGAGUGGAAGCCAGAUAUCAAUUUUCUGGACUCCGAAACAGCAUGCACCCUGGCUCAGAUAAAUGUUUGUCCUACAGGCCACGAUAGGGCCUUAUUAUGGGCGAAGCGUCUCCAGUUGGUCACCAUGAUAUCUAUCACCGAAGCAUUGAGCUCGUUAAACAUUGAUACCGAAGCCCUACAGCCACACCUCCGCAAGUUCUACAACUGGAUGCGGCGUGUGCGAGAGGAUCUUUUGAAUGACAAGAUCAUUCAUUUGCCACUUUUUGAGUUUGAAACAUGCCUCCAUGACAAGCCCCUGAGAGACGCAAUUCUUGAAGAAGUUGCAAAUCACAAUGCGACAGGCGCAUUGACGGUUCGAAUGGGCCAAAAUAUUGCAUCUGUGAUGCAGCAGGAGGAAGAUCCACUGCAUUUGAUGUUCGAUGAAGGUCAACUGAUGGAAGAGUUGUACAAGGAAAUCAUUAGUCUACACAGUCUGCCUCAAUAUCUAAGAAGUCAUCUGUCUUUGAUUCACGACCAAAGGUCCCAGUUACGAAUCCUGGAAGUUGGCGGAGGGACUGGAAGCUUGACUGCGGAGGUCCUCGAUGUGCUCUCACCAUCAUGUGACACACUGAACGAGAGUAUUGCAACCUACACCUUUACAGACAUAUCUUCAGCCUUCUUCGAAAAAGCUCAAGACAGAUUCCACCACUGGAAGGAAAUAAUGAAGUUCGAAGUCUUCAAUCUUGAAGAAGAGCCUGCCGCUCAUGGUCUCGAGGCCGACUCCUACGAUUUAAUCUUUGCUGGAAAUGUAAUCCAUGCCACGUCUGAUCUUACCGCGACAUUACGCAGGCUGCGGUCUUUACUUCGUACUGGUGGACAGCUCAUCAUGCAAGAAGGAAUAAGACAAGACUUCCUCUGGUACCCACUUUCAUUCGGUCAACUUCCCGGUUGGUGGCUUGGAAAUGAGCCUAUUCGAAAAUGGUGCCCCUACAUUCCCGUUUCCGCCUGGGAGCCACUCCUCAUUGACUCGGGUUUCUCUGGUGUCGACAUCGAGUAUCCUUCUUCCGACAAUAAGGAUCUAAGCUGGCAGAGCAUUAUGAUUUCCACCGCUGUCGAGUAUGUGAAGCAAACGCCACAAAAGGUUUACAUUGUAUCCUCGGGACUGAAGACACUCGGCAUAGCCGAUUGUAUUACCCAGAUUCUUGAGUAUUCUGGCACAUAUCAAGUUACCGCGUUGAAAGUGACUGAGUUGGCUCACUUUGCUUUACAAGGCUCUCUAUGCAUAUCUCUUGCUGAUCUUGAGAGCCCGACAUUUACAACCAUUGAGAAUGAUGAGUACAACGCACUGAAGAAUAUGUUGAUGAAUUGCCAAAAUUUGCUUUGGAUUACUCCAGACUCAAGUGAAUUGCUACUGGCGAGCACUAGUUUGGGUUUACUUCGUACCAUCCGCUCGGAAAUGGGUUCUGACGGUUCAAAUAUCGUGACUCUUGCUGUUUCAGACUGUGAGCAUGUCCCGGCCGAGGAUCUGGCAGUCUGGGCUUGUGAGAUUAUUAAUCAUCAGUUCACCACCAACAAAGGAGACGAUAGACACGCUGAGUACUUGCUACGAGAUAACAUAAUACAUGUUGGUCGACUUCGAAGCUUUGAAGGUGCGAACGACUUUCUCGCCUUGCAAUCUGAAGCCCCUCCAACCGAGCUGCUACGCAUCAGUGAUAUUCGGCGCCCCGUUUAUUUGGAAAAGUUCGCUCCCGCGGUCGAGAUUCGUGCCAUUGGUGUGACUUCGAGCUUUGAUCGCCUGAAUGUACCUAUCGAGGCAGCUGGCAUUGUGACCAAGGUCGGAUCCGCAGUGAAAGACUUGACCACCGGCGACAAGGUGAUUUUUCUGACAAGUAGCACCGGCGACAAGUCCUUCCAGACUUUUGCACGAAUUGAAGAAGCAGUUGCUAUCAAAAUAGCAGAGAAUAUCCCUUUGGAAACUGCUGCUAGUAUGCCAGCAGCUUUUGCCACUGCAAUAUAUGGCCUCGGGCACAUUGCGAAGCUAUCUUCCAGUGACACAAUCUUGAUUCAUGCGGGUGCAGAUGUUCAGGGCCAAGCUGCAAUCCAAUACGCCAAGAUGAUCGGGGCCAAUAUUUUCACAACAGUUUCGACCACGGAGAACAAGGCACUUUUGACUGAUGUGUAUGAAAUACCGGAAGCUAAUAUUUUCUCCAACAAAAAUCUCGGCUUUUACAAGACCUUUAUGAGAUGUACUGACGGAGCUGGGGCUGAUGUCAUAUUCCAUACGCUUACGGGCGAAGUUCAGCAAGAGUCCUUCUCAUGCAUCGCAGAGUUUGGUCGAUUCAUAGAUGUGUCAGGAAAUGCUUCUCAGCCAUGUUUGACGCGGGCACCUGCAUCAGUUCUUCGAACGCUUUCAAUUUCGAACAUCGACCUCGAGACCCUUAUUCGCUGUCGUCCAAAUAUUGUUCGACAACUUAUUGAAGAGAUAUUCUGCUUUUACUCCGAAGGCAAGCUCAAACAGGUCCAACAUCUCAACAUAUUGCCAUUUUCCCAAAUCAAGCGUGGCAUUCAGACUCUCCAAAGUGAAGGGGAUUCUGAGAAAGUAGUCUUCGUCCCAAGUGCAGAUGACCGUAUCCCCAUAGUCCCGGACCAGUUGCCUCCUCUUCAGUUUGACGGCAGGGCAUCAUACGUUCUUGCGGGGGGUCUUGGUGGGCUGGGUCGCAGCACCGCUCUCUGGAUGGCUGCACGAGGUGCGAAGGAUUUGAUCUUUCUGUCACGGUCGAACAAGGUCACCGAAGCAAUCGGUCUCGCUUACGCACCGUACUGGACGAUUGCCAUCGAAUACUCCCCCCCCAUCAAAGGAUGCAUUCAAUGCUCCAUGGUUCUACGAGAUGCAGCUUUUGAGGGAAUGUCCCUCGAUACCUGGCAAGCUGCCAUUCAACCCAAAGUCACAGGAUCGUGGAAUUUGCAUGAGCUUCUUCCGUCCGAAUUGGAUUUUUUCGUCAUGUUGUCCUCGGUAACGGGGAUCUUUGGCAAUCGUGGCCAGGCAAACUAUGCGGCAGGAAACACCUUCCAAGAUGCGCUUGCAGCGUAUCGCACCGCACGUGGUAUGAAGGCGUCUGUCAUCGACCUUGGCAGUGUAUCGAAUGUCGGCUGGGUUGAGGAGAAUCUUCAAAAUACAGCAGGUCGCCUGGGCAACCUCUAUCAGAUACUCAAGGAGAGCGAGGUACACAGCGCAAUUGAAUUCAUGAUCGAUCCACGCCAUGACAAGGGGCAGAAUCAUGCGGGCCAGCCGGUCUCGCAACUGGUUCUUGGUCUGCCAACCGCAGAAAUAUGUCGUCAGAACGGCAGUCCGGCACCCCCUUAUCUUGGAUUUUCGCUAUUCACGCAUCAAAGAUCUACCAUGAUCGUGAGCCACGGUGAAAGCGGCGAGGAAAAGACAAUUAGCACUGCGGCUCUUCUAGCAUCAACCAGUACCUUUGACGAGGCAGUGGAAGUGGUGUCGGAUGGGAUCGUGGAGAAGUUUUCGGCGCUUCUUGCUAUUCCGGUUUCUGGAAUUGACGUUCAGAGAUUUGGUUUCAAUAGCAUUGACUCCCUGGUUGCCAUGGAAUUUCGUUCUUGGGUGAAGAAAGAAAUUAGCGCGGAAGUGUCUGUGUUGGACAUCAUGGGGGCGCAGAGCAUUCGAUCGCUGAGUGAGAAGAUCGCCAAUAGCAGAAACGGGGGCACGAACUAA